GACAGGUCCAAAUAGUGCACCCGACACCACUCUCAAGUCUCAAGUGUAUGCUUGAUAUCCCUCCUAAAAUCCCUGCGCGCUAUACUAACCUCAACUCUCCCAAGUGCCUUUCCCCCGUUCCGUGCCUUCACCUCAUACAUUACCGACCCAGCUUACCCUCCAUACUUCCCAACUUUGUUCGAAGAAUAAAAAGCGCGGGUUCAUUCCCAGACAGAAUCCUUCUUCUCUGAUUGAGGAGUUCCCCAAAUGGCAAGUGCUGCAGCAGCCAUUGACCUGGCCGCGACCCCCAAGUCUGUCGACGAGUCUCUUUGGUGGGACUCUUUCGUCCUUCUCUUGAAUGACCUCGAAAACGCCCCUCUAUCGCUCGAGCUUCCGCUCUCUCUGGUAAAGAAGUUGAAAAACAAUCACUCUUGGUUCUUGGAUACGGUUUCCCUUUUUAAGCCCCCGAACCAGACAUCUAGGGCUGCUCUGGAUUCCCAUAAAGUUGAUGUAGGCUCACAUCGGUUGAUCAUACAACCUCAAUUGAAAGAUGUGGCUUUACAUGUUAGCUCUUGUCUGUGUCUAGAUGAGGUGCAAUCAUACAUUCUUGUCAAACAAUCUGUUGAACGUGAUAAUAUGGCUGCAGAUUUGAAAAAUCAAGAAUUUGUGCAUUGGAUACUACUUCAAUACUACAUUGAGCGACAGUGCUUGCUGAAGUGUACAAGGCAAAUUCUUAUGCAUGCUUUAUACAUUGGAAAUGUAUCCAAAGAUGGUAAUGCCGUUCAAGAGGAGGCACUGAAGCUGUUUGCUGAUGGAUUAGAACGAAAGUUAUUAUCCGUUCUUCAGAACCUUCUAUCCUCCAAAUAUCCAGAACAUAUGGAAAUUGACCUUGCCACUUUGUGGGCUGAAGAGACUCUGAUUGAAGAUAGUUUGGUCUUGGACAUUCUUUUCCUCGCUUAUUACGAGUCAUUUUGUGCUUGUAAUGGUGAACAAUGGAAGAAUUUGUGUUUGCUUUACAAGGGUGUCUUAUCUGGGUCUUUUAACUUUGCAAUGUUGACAUUAUCAAUUGAAGCAAGAAAUUCUUUAUAUCAUGCUAAAGUUCAGCUACUGCUAAUUCUUAUUGAAACCUUGGACCUGGAAAGUCUUCUUCAAAUGGUUCAUGAUGAAGUGCCUUUCAGGCAGGGUCACUCUGUUUUUUCCUUGAAGGAUGUCCAAGUGAUGGAUUCUGUGAUUUCAAGUUUCAAUGUUCUUGAGACAGGAGAAGCAAGUCCUUUGAUACUUGCAUGGGCUGUAUUCCUCUGUUUAAUUUCCUCACUUCCUGAAAAACAAGAUAAUAAUGUGCUCAUGGAGAUUGAUCAUGCGGGGUAUGUUCGCCAAGCUUUUGAGGCCGCACCAUUGAAUUAUUUUCUUGAAAUUCUUGAGAAUGAUAUUUUGAAGGAUUCAGAUGGUCCUAUUAGUGGUUAUCGAAGUGUCUUGAGGACAUUCAUUUCUGCAUUUAUUGCAUCUUAUGAGAUUACACUUCAGAUAGAAGAUGAUACCCUUAAGUUGAUUUUGGAUAUCCUCUGCAAAAUUUAUCACGGAGAGGAGUCACUUUGUGUUCAAUUUUGGGAUAGAGACAGUUUUAUAGAUGGUCCUAUUCGGUGUCUUCUUUGCACUUUAGAGGGUGAGUUCCCAUUUCGAACUGUUGAACUGGUUCGCUUCUUAUCUGCCCUCUGCGAAGGAACAUGGCCUUCUAAAUGUGUGUAUAACUUUUUAGAAAAGUCAGUUGGUAUAUCAACAUUGUUUGAGAUCCCUGGUGAUAUAGAAAACAUUUCUCAGAUCAUAGAGACAUACUGGCCGCUGCAUGUUCCUGGGGUUGAAGGCCUUCUGAUUCCUAGUCAAACUCAUGGUCACAUUUUGAAAAUCAUUGAAAGAAAUACUGCUCUUGUUCGUUGGGAGUGUGCACAAUCUGGAGUGUUAGUGUUGCUCCUGCGUUUGGCCCGGGAGUUCUAUUUUAGCAGACAUGAGGAAGUACUUGUUAUUCUUGACCUUCUUUGUCGACUGGCGUCCUUUAGCAAGGCUGUAUGUUUUUCAUUGUUGGACAUUGGUAAUUCAUCUCCAGUUCAAGCAGCUCGCACAAGUGGGCAUAUAGAAGAGAGUUUACGGGUUGAUGUUGUUGAGAUUAUCUGCACUUUGGUAAAAAAUUUAUCGCCUGAUGGUAGUGGUGCAAAACUGAUGGCCUUGAGCAUUACUAUAAUGGCGAACAUGUUGAAGUGCUCUCCAUCUCAUGUUGCUGUGGUGGCUCUAAAGUCAAAUAUACUUGAUGUGGCCCUGAGGAUAAAUAGUUUUGAAGAGAACAGUAAUGUGUCAAGUGGCAGAUGGUGUCUGUCGGGUGGACUUGCAAGAAUGCUCUUAAUUGAUUGUGAACAGAAUGAGGAAUGUUGCCAAUUGACUAUUUCAGUUCUGGAUUUCACAAUGAGGCUUUUGGAAACGGGAGCUCAGGAUGAUGCUGUGUUAGCUCUAGUUGUUUUUUGCCUUCAGUAUGUUUUUGUUAAUCAUGAGUACUGGAAAUACAAGUUGAAGCAUUUUCGUUGGAAAGUGACAAUCAAGGUACUUGAAGUUAUGAAGAAAUGCAUUACAUCAAUUCCCCACUUACAGAAGCUGGGCCAUGUUAUCAGAAAUAUCUUACUUUCUGAUUCCUCCAUUCAUAACACACUUUUCCGGAUUAUGUGUAUAACUACUCAUACAGUGGAGAGACUGUAUAUCAUCCGUCUUUAUGAACUGAAGGAGAUUGAAGGUUUACAGCUUGCAGUAUGUUCUGUUUUAGAUAUUGUGUCAACCAUGCUCAACGACCUUUCCAAGGAUAUUUCAUUCAGUUUGCCAGUCUUUCACCAAGCAAUUUUGUCAUCUGUGACCAAGCCAAUUCCUGUUGUGAAAGCAGUGAUAUCUUUGAUAUCCUUCUUCAGGGAUCAGGCCAUACAAGUAGGUGCUGCAAGGGUUCUUUCUAUGUUAUGCACCAUUGCAGAUAAUGCACAACCAUAUUUGUUUGGGAACAUAUGCCUUGCUUCAGAUGAUAUGCAGAUCAUGGAUCUAAGGUAUUCUAUCUCUGACAUACUAUGUGAGGGAACACCAAGGAAUGAAGAUCUGUUUGUUGCUAUACUUAAACUGCUCACUUCUGCAGCAACAUUUCAGCCUGCAUUCCUUGUUUCUGUGAUUGCCACUAAAGAGAAUAUGGAGGACCAACUGAGUUUGUCUGGAGAUUUGAAACGGCAAGCAAAGGAAGCUUCUUUUGGGUCAUUACGACCUAGCAAAGCAAGUAUCAUAGAUGCACUUUUCCAACAUGUCAAAAAAACUGAUGUUCUUAUUGAGAGCCAUCCCUAUUUACUGUUGCAUGUGCUGAAGUUUCUGAAAGCAUUGUGGCAAGGAGCCACUCAAUAUGUGCAAAUCCUAGAGUUGUUCAAGACAUCUGAUAACUUCUGGAAAUUGUUGUCAUCAUCCAUUUCAGCAGUUGCUACCACAAGUACUCCCCUUGAAGAUUUGUCUGGAGUUGCAAAUCUAAGCUUGGCAUACAAGUAUGAAUGCCAUUCUGUAGCACUGGAUAUUAUUGCGCAUGAAAUGUAUUUGCAGGAAAAACUACAACAAGCGGAAGUGUCUGCAAAACAGUCUUCUGAACCCUCUAAAGAAAGAAUAGAAAACACAGUUAGUAAAGAAAAAUCUGGAUCUGCUAGUCUCACUGAUCUUAUGGAUAUUUUGUCUACCUGGUGCAAAAGCCCAGUUCUGGGCAACUUGAUAAAGUUAUAUGCAACUUCUGGAUUUCACAGCAAAGUAUUUCUCCAUUCAAAGAUUGCUUCAAGCUUGUUCAUUGUGCAUGUAAUGGGGAAAUUAACAACUGGUAAUUCUGGGAGUUUGUCAUUGUCAUUAACUGAGAAGAUACGGAAUAUGUAUAAACAGUUGAAGGAACAAUCUGCAUUUUCCGAACUGUUAGCUCAGUAUUCAGUUCGAGGUUACAGUGAAGGAAAGGAGCUCGAGACUUUAAUACUCAGUGACCUCUACUACCAUCUAGAAGGAGAGCUGGAAGGCCGUACUAUGAGUCCUGGACCUUUCAAAGAUCUCUCUCAGUAUCUAAUUGAGUCAAAUCUCUUGCAAAUUAAUGAGCAAAUGGACAGGGGGGAUUUCUACUCGGCUUCCAAUUGUGCCUUCCUGUAUGACCUUGUGCUUUUACAAGUUGAUAUGGGAUUGGAAUUUUGGGAUCAUUCAGAAUGGAAGGCAUCAAAACCAAUUGCUGAAAGGAUGUUGAGUUACAUGCAGAAUGCAAACUCGAUGGCGUUUCUUGCAAAUUCCAAGCUUUCUGCGUUAAAGGCAUUGACAGCCAUGUUAUGUGUGUAUGAAGAAAAUUCUACUGAGGUAAAGAGAAAGCAUAUUGAUAGAGGAAUCUCUGAGCAACUCUGUGAGUCAUGUAUUAAUCACAUAUGCAAUGAUUUGCAAAGAACAGUUAAGGCAAUAGAUCUAUCUUCAGAUGUUUCUGAGGAUAUCCUUAAUUUUGUCUCAGCACAAACUGAACUACUAUUACAUCUCAUGAGAUCUUUAUUUAGAAAGCUUUCCCCAACAGUCAACAGACAAAUGUAUGUAUCUAUCUGUAAACUUGUCUCGAAGACUUCAGGAACUGUCCUUAGAGUAUUGAGUGAUCUCCGGACAUCAAGUACUGUGGUUAAGGGAGCAAUGAAACUCGUCCUUAUGUUGCUUCUCACAUCAAUUAAGUCAAGCUACUCUAAUUCAUGUGUCAGGGAAAAGUUGGAUACAGGAUCUAUUGAAGCUUUUACUGAAGUUUCUCUUGUGAGUCUUGGACUGUUACCCAUUCUUUGUAACUUUAUUGAAACGGUGGAGUAUUGCACCCUCACUAUUGCAACAAUUGACCUAAUGCUGAAUAGUUUCCUGACUUCUGAUACUUGGUUACCGAUCAUACAAAAGCAUCUCCGGUUACAGUUUCUUGUUCAGAAGCUCCAAGAAAGGGAUUCUUUUGCUUCCAUUCCCAUAAUUUUGAAAUUCCUUUUGACCCUUGCUCAAGUGAGAGGAGGUGCUGAGAUGCUUCAAAAUGCCAAUGUUUUCUCAUCUCUGAAAGCGUUAUUUGCUCUCUUAUUGGAUGGGAAUCAUAUAUUAAAUAUUCAAGGCAACAAUGGUUUUGCUACAUCACUUGACAAAGAUGAAAAACCUCAAUAUAUAUGGGGGCUUGGCUUGGCUGUGGUUACAGCAAUGAUUAAUUCUUUAGGGGACAGUUCUUCUUGUGAUGAUAUGAUGGAUGGUUUGAUUUCUUACUUCUUCUGUGAGCAAUUUCAUUUGGUUUCUUAUUAUCUUAAUGCACCUGACUUCUCAUCCGAUGGUCAUGACAAGAAAAGGGCAAGGACCCAGAAAACACAAACUUCUCUAGCUGCUCUAAAAGAGACAGAACAUACUCUGAUGCUUAUCUGUAUGCUUGCAAAACAUAGAAACUGGGUUAAGGCCAUGAAAGAAAUGGAUUCACAACUAAGGGAGAGAUGUAUUCAUCUUUUGGCCUUUAUUAGCAAAGGAGCUCAGCGCCUUGGAGAACAUUCAAGUAGGACAUCACCUCUUAUGUGCCCCCCAAUCCUUAAAGAGGAGGUUGAAUCUAACAAAAAGCCAUCAUUUCUUGAAAGCAGAAGCGGAUGGUUUGGUCUUUCCCUUCUUGGUUGUGCAACUAAAACUGAGGUUUCUGAUGCUGUUGCAAUACAAAUAUAUAAAAUUGCUUUUCUGCUUCUGGAAUUUCUUUGUCUCCAAGUUGAAGGAGCAGCUAAGAGGGCCGAGGAAGUGGGGUACAUUGAUCUUGCACAUUUCCCUGAGCUUCCUAUGCCUGAGAUUCUGCAUGGUUUACAGGAUCAGGUUGUUGCUAUCGUUACUGAACUCUGUGAAGCCCACAAGUCCAAGCCAAUUCAGCCGGAAAUCCAGGGCGUGUGUUUCUUGAUGCUGCAAAUAAUGGAAAAGGCAUUGUACUUGGAAUUUGGUGUCUCACAAACUUGUGGUAUUAGACCAGUGCUGGGUCGUGUUGAAGACUUCUCAAGGGGAAUCAAACUUCUGAUGCAAGCGGCAGAAACAAACUCGUUUUUGAAAACAUCAAUCAAGGACUUGAAACAGAUAAUAUCACUCAUGUAUCCUGGUGUAGUGCAAGCCGAGGGUUUCUUGUAACUGCAUUCUUAAUACAUUGUGUAAAAGGUGUUAGCUUCACUUGAUAUUAUUUGCUUCCAA